CGCAUCUCGUUUUCGGCCUCCGGCUCGUUCUGCGAGGCAAUUUCGGACGCUACUAACGAUGACACUUCCUCGUCGGGUUUUCAAAGUGUCCGAGUCCGAUCCUGGUGUCUCAUCUGGACUGACGUGGGUCAUGAGCCCGUAGCUCCCAGAUCUUCGGGAUUUCGGCGAGGUGCGGCGGUGAACGAUCUACGAUUACGGAAUUCUGGGGCUGUAUUGCCGUCAAGAACUUGAAUCGCGG